AUGUCCGCUGACUGGGGCUCCUUUUUCAACAUCACAGGCGCUCGCUCGUCACUCGAUGAACCCUCCAGGGAUAAAGUGGAAAAUACCAGUGGGGAUGAUGAGCUGGUAGAACCCGACCAAGGAAAUGUCCUGUCGCAUAUCAUUUCCCAGCUCCGACCGGGCGCAGACCUAAGCCGGGUGGUGCUGCCUACCUUCAUUCUCGAGCCGCGGUCUAUGCUGGAGCGCAUCACUAACUUCAUGGCCCAUCCGGAGACGCUCCUGCCCAUGUCGACUAUUGACGAUCCGCUCGAACGCUUCAUAUCCGUGGUCAAAUUCUAUCUGAGUGGGUGGCACAUCAAACCUCCAGGGGUGAAGAAACCGCUGAAUCCCAUCCUUGGAGAAACUUUCACCUGCUACUGGGACUACCCCGAUGGCACCCGCGGGUACUAUAUCUCCGAACAGACCUCCCACCACCCGCCGAAAUCCAGCUACUUCUUCAUGGCCCCCGAACAUAAUAUCCGCAUCGACGGCACCCUGAAGCCGCACAGUAAAUUCCUGGGCAACUCGGCUGCCAGUAUGAUGGAAGGGAUCGCCAUCGUGCGGUUGUUGAACCGCGGGGAGGAUAAAGAAAAGGGUGAACGAUACAUCGUGACGCAACCGAAUAUGUACGCGCGCGGCAUCCUUUUCGGCAAGAUGAAGUACGAGCUCGGAGAUCACAGCUACGUGCGAUGCCCCGAGAACAAUCUCGUCGCCGAUAUCGAAUUCAAGACGAAGGGGUAUUUCUCCGGCACUUAUAACGCGAUUGGGGGCACCAUCAAGAACGAGAAGACGGGCGAGGUUUUAUAUGAGCUAUCGGGUUUUUGGAACGGGGAUAUGCAAAUCCGAGAUGUCCACUCCAACCACAAAGAUACGCUGUUCGACGCCAGCCACGCCAAACACACCCCACCCACCACUCGGCCCAUCGAGCAGCAAGGCGAGCGUGAAUCGCAGCGAUUGUGGGAAAAUACCGUCAAGGCGAUCAUCGCGCGAGAUCACGAGGUGGCAACGGAUGAGAAAACGAAGAUUGAGGACCGUCAACGUGAGGAGGCCGCCAAGCGGGCUGAGCACGGCGUGGAGUGGCACCCUCACCUCUUCCGCCCGGUCCACGGAGGACCGGGGGGGCCCGACGAGGGCGAGGAAGACCUGGACUGGAUCAUCAAUGCGAACGUCGACCCGCACAACCCCGAGCAUGCCCGCCAGCAGAUCCUGGCCAUCGCACCGAUUCUGGAGGGCCAGCCUCUGCCAUCCAUUCCGGAAAUCCCUCCGCAUCAUCCCCCGGCCGGCCAGGUGGCGGCUCCGGAGCAGGCGCACACCGAAACUACAGAGACAGCACCGCACACCGAUCCCCCGGCGGAAGUUCUGAACCCGACGUCAGCACAUGGGAUACUUUGA